AUGUCUCAACGUCUCAUCAUGUCUCAAGAGUCCGCCAAACCUACAAAGCUCACCGUACCCUUAAAGUCCGCCAUGCGUAAAACUUCGCCUGUGCCCGAAAAGCCUGCCAUAUCCAAUGAGCUAAGCCUGCGUAGAAAUUCCACCACGUCUAAACAACUAAAUAAGUCUGCAAAACCUGCCAUGCGUAUAAAUUCACCUAUACCCGAAAAGUCCGCCAUAUCCAACCAGUCACCCAUAAGUAGAGGUUCGGCUACAUCUAAACAGCCGGCUGGGCCUAAAAAGCCCGCCACACCGAUAGCUUCACCCUCCCCAGUAUUUAGAAGGUCCGAAAUGCCUAGAAAGCCCCCCGUACCUAAGCAGGUUCGGAAGAGGCGGGUAGCAUUUGCCCCAGACACUGCUUUUGAACCAGGACGUCGGGUCAAUGAGUUCUGGAGGUUUGGGGCGCUAUACAAAGCGGGGAAGCAUGCAAAUGUCAUGAGUGGGGGAUGGCUCGAUACUAGUUUCAAGUCAGACCUUCUGGAGGCGAUGCUAAAUCUCAAGGUCUACGCAACAUAUACUGUCGACAGCAGGACUGAAUUCACCGACAUCCACGAUGAAUUUGUAACGUAUAUGAAGGAAGGCAAGCCAAUUUCUCCGGGAAAACGCAGCACACUUCGAGACCACGAACUCUGCCUCGAGGUGAUGGAUGAUUAUGCAGAGUAUCUCGAACGCUGUAAUGCGAAUGGUUCGACCUUGGCUAGAGAUGAGCUAGCAGCGGCGAAAGUCUUGGUUGUCUACCGGGGCCAAAACGGCGGACUCCUUGGCUUCCAGUUCCUCAAAGACACGUGGGACGAUGCGGAGGCUGCGGAGUACUUGGAUCAGUUGAAAGAUGAGAUCCCUCCAGAUAAUCAAGGUGGAUCCUCGGAAAAUAUCCUUGACGAGAUGCGGAAACGGUAG